CAGCGCGUCACGACAAAACCAGCCGGACAGCAUGUGGAUCCACCUGAAGGGAAUGCACAAGUUCAAAAGCACGUCCCAGAGGCUCCGGGGGGUGCUGGCCCAGAUGGAUGAGGGGCUGGUGGACCUGGCGGAGCUCAGAAGGAACCUGGAGCUGGCUGCUUCUGUCCUGGAGGCGGUGUACGUCGAUGAGAGCAGACGUCUGCUGGAUACUGAGGAUGAGCUAAGUGAGCUGCAGGCGGAGUCGGUGCCAAGCGAGGUCCGCUAUUGGCUGGCGUCGACCUUCAGCAGGAAACUGGGCGUGGCCCGGCGCCGGCCGGAGGAGAAGCCCCGGUUCAGGAGCAUCGUCCACGCCGUGCAGGCUGGCAUCUUCGUGGAGAGGAUCUACAGGCGUACAUCCAACAUGGCUGGUCUCACCUACCCUCCAGCCGCUCUCGCCUCUCUCAAGGAAAUAGACAAGUGGUCCUUUGAUGUCUUCGUGUUCCAAGAGGCGACCGGAGAACACGCACUCAAGUUCCUGACCUACGACCUCCUGACCCGAUAUGACCUUAUCAACAGAUACAGGAUCCCGCUAGGUGCUCUGGUUCAGUAUGUGGAAGCUCUGGAGGCCGGCUACAGCAGGAACAGGAACCCCUACCACAACCUGACCCACGCUGCUGACGUCCUACAGACCGCACACUACCUGAUGCUGCACACUGGAGUCAUGCAUUGGCUCAGUGAACUGGAGAUCCUAGCGAUGGUCUUCGCUGCAGCAAUCCAUGACUUCGAACACACCGGGACCACCAACAACUUCCACAUACAGACCAGGUCAGAGGUGGCCCUCCUGUACAACGACCGCUCGGUGCUGGAGAACCACCACGUGAGCGCCGCCUACAGGCUGAUGGCAGAGGACGAGAUGAACAUCUUCACCAACCUCAACAAGGAGGACUGGAGGGAGCUGAGGGCUCUGGUCAUAGAGAUGGUGAUGUCCACUGACAUGUCCUGCCACUUCCAGCAGAUCAAGACCAUCAGAAACCACCUCCCCCAGAGCCACGAGAUGGACAAGGUGAAGGUGUUGUCUCUGAUGCUCCACGCGGCAGACAUCAGUCAUCCAGCAAAGACCUGGUGUCUGCACCACACCUGGACCCACCACCUGAUGGAGGAGUUCUUCAGACAGGGGGAUAGAGAGGUGCAGUUGGGACUUCCUUUCUCGCCGCUAUGCGACCGGAAAGCCACCAUGAUCGGCCAAUCACAGAUAGGUUUCAUAGACUUCAUCGUGGAGCCUACCUUCAGCAUCCUUAUAGACGCCACCGAGAAGGUGAUGCUGCCGCUGAUAGACGAGGAGAGACUGGCCAGGGAGAGCGGACUCAGGAGGUCCAGUCUAACAGGAAGUGGAUCGGUUACCGUGGAUUCAGUCCAGCGGCACAGCAGUAGUCGUCAUGGAAAUAGAGAGGACGGACAGACAGACUUCUCCCUGGCCGCCGUGGACCUGCCGUCCCUGCGUCGGCGCCUGGCCGGCCUCAUCAGCAGCAACAAGGAGCGCUGGAAGGAGCUGUCCUCCCAAGGAGCUGUCCACAACCACAGCACUCUCAUACACCAGGAGCUUCCCACUACCACAGACAAUCUCAGACAGCAGGAGCUGUCCACUACCACAGACACUCUCAGAUACCAGGAGUUGUCCACUACCACAGACACUCUCAGAUACCAGGAGCUGUCCACUACCACAGACACUCUCAUACACCAGGAGCUCUCCUCCCAAGGCCCAGAGGAGGUCUCCUUCCCCAGCCCUGAUGGACAGCACCGCCCCCCCUCACAUCCUGCCCCCCCACUGGAGAAGACUACGUUGAACGGUGCGUCCAACCCCCCCAAACAUCGUUAA